AUGCAAGGCUGCGGCGUUACGUACGAAUCAGAUGAGCUGUCCAAACCUGAGACAAACAAAAUCUACGAUGCGGACGGCGAGCUUCAGUUCGGUAGCAAGAUACUUCUUAUGAUCGCAGCUCCAUACGUCCUUGACCCACCCGGUUGCUUUAACAAUGUCUUUGUUGACGGCAUAGUCAAGAAUGUGGGAGAUCUUAGCGACUCGGUGGUGGCGUCGAGAACAUCUCACUUUGUCACACUGAAGUUAGAAAGCAAACGCAUGAGACCUGGGGAAACGUUACGCCAGACCCCGCCGUUGGAGUGCCGAUGUGUCACCAUCAAGGGGGCCAUUCUUUCCACCAUCCGGAUUGAGAACUACUACGCCAAGUAA